AGGAGAUUGAAUAUAAAUAGUAUGAAUAUUUAGCCUUAUCUAUCACAAAAAAAAUUUACUUCAAAUUACAGACAGCAACCUGUGAAUUAUGAAAGUUUUAAGGUACUUGUGAAUUCAGAUAAUAAAUAUUACAAUUCCUAGAGAAGAAAUACUCUCUCUUAAAAUGCUGUACGAAACUCUAAAAGUCCAAAUCCUAGAAUCAAUAAAUAAAUUGAUACAAGUCCUUUCAAUAAAAUGUCAGGCAUAUUUAAAUCUUAGGCUAUUUCACCACAAAAUGGAAAUAGAUUAAGAUGGGAAGAUAUUGAAAAUAUAUCUCCUGAAAUAAAAUUAAAAAAAAGAAAUAAUCCAUUAUAGCGCUCUGAAGAUAGACAAAUCCAGAAUACACAUUUAAAAUAAAAAACAAAUUCUGCAAGCCCUUCUAAAAUAAAUCCAUAAAUACAAUCUUCUCUUGAAUAGAUUUAGAAUUUAGAGUAAUAGAGAGUUUAAUGCAAAAUUCAAGGAAAUCAUCUCUAAGGUGUCCUUUCUAGCUUACACAAUAAAAUAAAAAGCUAAAACGAUAAGCGAGUUUCUCCAACCUAACAAUAAAAGAUGUUCUUUUCUUCUAAGAAAUAGUAAAAGACAUAGUAACAUGAUUAAUUAAAUUAAACUAAGCUUAUUAAUCUUGAAGAAUAGCUUCAAGAAGCUCAUAAUGAUAAAAAAUAGCUUAUUGAAAAUAUAAAAUAAUACAAAAUAAACUUUGAAAGAUUGCAGUGUUUGUAUUCAGCCUUGCAAAUUAAAUCUGAAGCAGAUUCACAAAAUGAGCAGUUUAUUAGCACUAUAGCUCAGAAAUUAACUGAAAUUUAGGCAAACAUAUCUAAUAGCCAGCAUAAAGCCUUACAAAUAAACAUAAAAGAUCUAAAAGUAGGUUAGUCUGAAAAAUAUUCAAGCACUUAAUUACUUUUGAUUCAAAAAAUAUGUGAUCUUGUAGAAAGUUCAUAGGCAAAAAUUAGAAAUCAAGAGUUCUUGCUCAUAGAUGUUUAGUAAAAUUAAUAUAAGAUGCAAAAUGAAUUAAAUAGUUUAAAAGAAAAAAACUAUCAUCUUUAAAAUAUUUUAUCGAAUUCUGAAAGCACAAAACCAUUAGGUGAGUUAUUUAUAGAGUCUCCAACUGCAAAAAAAAUGAUAUUUGUUUUGGAGAAUGAACUAAAGAUAAAAGAUAACUUGGUAAAUAACUUAAUGCAUAAAAUACAAGGGAAUGAGGAAAAUACAUUGAAUUUGUGCUAGUAAAUAUUAAAAACUAUUGAUAAAACAUGCUCAACUUAGGAUAAUUUUCAUGAAAACUUAACAAGAAUCCUUGAGAAUCAAAAAUAAGAAAUUGAAAUAAAGAAUAAUCAUAUUGAUGAUCUCAAUUCAAUUAUUAGCAAAUACAAAUCAUACUUUAAAAUUAUAGAAUAAGAGGUAAAUAUGUAUGAUGAAUUGUAGCUUAAAGAUAUACAAUUUAAUAAGUAAAAUUUUGAUAAACUGAUUGAUCUUAUUGAUAAUAUGGAUUAAAAAAUAAAAAUCAUUUCUUAUGAGAAUUAAAGUUUAAAAUAAAAUUCUAAUUUCAAUAAGCUAUAAGAAAUUAACAUCAUAGAAAGGUAAUACUUUGAGACUGAUUUAAACUUUAAGAAAGAGAUUGCUAUAAUUCAAAGUAAUUAUGAGUUUGAAACUAAAUUUUUGGAAAUUAUUUAAGACUAUACAAAACUUACCAAAUAAAACUUAAGUUUGGAAAAUUAGUAAGGAAUGAAUUAAUCAUCUUUAACUAUAGCACUAAUGCAUAAAGUUGACUAAGAUUUAGAACUUGCUAAGAAAUAAUUAUUAGAUAUCUAAUUACAAAUUAAUGAAAUUAAAAAAGAUAUGAAAUCAGGCUAAUAAGAUAUUUUACACAAAAACUUUUUACCCUAAAAAUAAAUAUAGGAAAAAGCUUAAAAAUUUUCCUCACCUUAGCAAGAAACUCCUUAAAAACCUUCUGACUAGAAUUCAAAUAAAACUUAAAGUUUUAUCAAAUAAGAAUAAUCGCUUCUACUAUAAUAGUAAAGCUCAAAGUUAUUUUCUAAUAUUCUAACUCAGCAAUAACUAUCAAUCGAUGAAAGCAGUACUCCAAAGAUUUAUUAAAAAUUAAACCAAAACAAUGCAAAAAUAGUUCUUAUCAUUGACUGCAUUAUUGGAUUAAAAAUUGAUAAAGUUUUCGAGAAAAUAUAGGCAACUCAUUCAUUUUUAAAAAUAUUUUUAAAUAAUGAGCAAUUAUAAAAAACAUAAAAUGUUCCUAUUAAUGAUUUAAAGUUUAACAAAACCUAUGAAUUUAACACAAAUGCAGAAAAUUCUGUAAUCAAAUUUGAAAUAUGGAUGCUCAAUUAAGCUGAUAAUAAAGAAAUAUAUUUCAGUGAAAGUGUUUAUGAAGUAAAUAGCAGCUGUUUAACACAUAAUGCUUCUAAAAUAGUUCAGAGUAAAAUUAAUAACUAUUAGGCUUGUUUGUACUUUAAAGUUAAAUUUGUACAAAACUCAAGAGAACUUCAAAAGUUAAAUUAGUAAGAAGUUUCUGAGAGCUUCACUGAUGACAUCAAAAGAAUACUUCCAUAAAUUAAUGAUAAAAGCAAGUUUAAUUAAUAAAAUACUUCUGAAUUUUAACAAAGCGUACAAGAAAUGCUUUUUGAAGAUAAUUUUAAGAAAUGUUUGACUAAUUCUUCACAUGUAGAAAAAUAGAAAGACCAAAAAACAGGAAUAACUCCAUUAAUGAUUAAAAAUCAAAAAGCAAACUAAAUUCAAAACUCCAAGAAUAAAUCUAUAAACUUUAGUCCUAUAAGAGAAAAAGACGACAAAGAAUAAAAGAUUGACAGUACUCCUUCCUUUGUUUUUAAUAAGACAAGAUAAAUAUACAAUUAAAAUACAAAUGAGAAAUAAAGUAAAAUAGGUGUGGAAAAGUAGCUUUAAUAUUAGGAUGAAAAUUAAUUUUAAAUGGGACUCUUUGACUCUGCAUAGUAUGUUGAAAAUUAUAAGAGUGAAAAUUAAUUCAUUUAACCUCAAGACAAUGUUAAUGCUUUGUAAACUCCAAAAUUAAAAUUGCUUUGA